GUUUAAACGAUAUGUAAAUAUAUAUUACAACGGCAGUUUAUAUUGUUUGUCUUAUGCUCAAUUCAACCGAAGUCUCUCCGAACGUGACCUCUUGUCAUAAAUAGAGAUAUAUCCGUAUAUGUACAUAUAUUCAAUUCAUCAGAUGUAACGUGAAGAUAGUUAUGUGAUUUAUAUCUUCUUUUUUUUCUCAUAGUUCAAUAAGUGGAACAGUCUACUGUUAACAAGAGCCAACUGCGGGGUGAACGUGGAAUAAAUUAAUCUUUACAGUGAGUCGGAGAGUGCAGGAUAUAUAGACCAGACGGCGGGAAAACAUGGAAAAUAGGUGCGGGAAAGAGUUUGAUAUUAAAGUCGGAGAAGAAAUCGCGGAUCUGGAUAUAGACAGACAGAUCGAGUCUUCACCGAUGGUGAUACGCCCGUUUUUCGGGGGCCGCCCUGAUCGCCGUGAUACGUCGACAGUCGUUUGUUUCGAGGGGGAGGAAGAACGAGACAACGCACGGACGGGACGGGACGUUCGAAACGCGCCGUUCGAUCAACCGUUCGACCUGGAUUGCUCCAAAACGACCGCGACGAUGUACGAGGACUGCGUGCUGCAGUCGAUGCGAUUCCCGCAGAAGCUCUGGCAGAUCGUGAACGAGUGCAAGACCGGGGCAAUUCGAUGGAGCGCGAGCGGCGACACCAUACUGGUUGACUACAAGCAAUUCCAGGCGGAGUAUCUGGACGCGCGCCGGCCCAUCUUCAAGACGAACAACAUAACGAGCUUCAUCAGGCAGCUAAAUCUCUACGGCUUUCGCAAGAUUACGUGCCACGGUCGUGACCCGGCCUGCAACUCCUGCAAUCCGCACGUGCACGAGUUCCUGCACGACAACUUCCGCAUCGACCGGAUAGAUCUGCUGUCUAAGGUGUGCCGGAAGGCCGGCGGAAGGAUUCGCUGUAUGCAGCACGAGACUGCGAAAAAUCCCGAGGAGAAUCCGCAAUCGGAAACGAAUCGCAUGUCUCGCUUAAAACAGUGUCAGUUGGCUCUGACUAAAGCUUUGGAGGAAAUUAGCCAAGAGUACCGUCGAAAACGUGAUGAAGAGAAACAAUUGAUUAUAAGAAAGGAUAAUACUCCAAAACGUAUAAGAAAUUCUGAAGGAGAUAUAGUUCCUGUUUUGUACGAAAUUGAAUUCAACAGUGUUCCAAAUCGAAAAUCUACGAUAGAACGAAACGUAGAAUAUUUGAGGCUUCUUCCUCUCAAAGACCAAUGCAGCAUUUAAACACAUAUCAUUAAUUAAUUUAUAUUGCUACGAUGGGUAAACGCAAUCUACACUUCAAGAUUAAAAAUAUUAAUUAAAAUCGGCAUAGAACUACUAAGUAGAGUUUCAGUUUUCUUUUAGGCAAUAUUUAUAUUACAAUGUAAAGUUACUAUAAUAUUAUGUCUGUUAAAUUGUAAAUUAUAUUAAAUUUAAAUCUUUAUCUUUGUUAUUUUUUAGUAUCGGCUACAUGACUGGGUCAUUCGCGUUAGAAUUAAUUUUUACAAAUAUAAAAUAAUCUUCAAUUCUUAUA